AUCGAUACUAUCGAUAGUGCCCUCGAUGGUUUGACACCUCUAUAUUACGGUAUUUACAAACAGUCGAGCAGGAAAGAAUUAAAUGUCGACUGCAGCACCAGCAGCUGAUUUAUGACAGGACGACAAAAUGAACUAAGAGACUUAAGUCGUCAGCCACAACGAGAAUCGAAGCGGAGAUAACUUUUAUACAAGAAGCUCCCACCCCCCCUCAACAUCCCCACAAAACGCACGUAGGGUCGUCCCACAAGUGUCGUCAUGGGCAGUGUCUGGAAGCGUUUACAGCGCAAUUUUAAGCGAGCGGCAAAGUUCCAGUUCACCGCAUCCUACCACGACCUGCACCUGGAGACCACCGCUAAAUGGCGGCCAUCAAAUCUCUCCAUUGUGUGGACAAGGAGAUCGAGACGCGUGGCCAGUGCACCCUUACCAUGGGAGCCGGAUAUGAUGAAUCCCCUGUUGGGCAAUAUAUCCUGGCCAGUGCCGGACAAUCACACCAUAUCCGUCACUCUGUUCAAGGAUCCCCGCACUCACGAGCUGGAGGAUAAGGAUUGGACAUUCGUCAUAGAAGAUGUCACGCCCAUGGGAAAGAAACGUGUGCUGGCCAGCGCCAGCAUCAAUAUGCGAAGGUACGCCAGCAUCGAAUCUACUCAGCAGAGCUUUACAUUGAGUCUUAAGCCGGUCUCGAAGAAGAUAACCGCAGCCAGCCUGGAACUAACCAUCAGCUGUGUGUUCCUCCGAGAGGGCAAGGCAACAGAUGAGGACAUGCAGAGCGUUGUCUCAAUGAUGUCGGUGAACAACAACUGUGAUGUGGCGCCGCUAGAUGAUCUGGAGGAUAUACCGGACCUUGACAAUUUCAGCGAAAUCACGGACAACCUGUACGAUUUCACCCAUCAACUGGAGCAGAUGACAACGAGCCUCAAUGGCUGCAUAGAUGUGGCCACGCCGCUAAGUGUACCUUCGUUAUCUGAAGAUCCCACACCAUUGGCCGAGUCCUUUAAUCAAUUGCAUUUUGAACUAGAAGCCGAUGGCGAACGGGAAGCUUCGCAUACGCUUGAAUUGCCAGCAGCUUCUGCUGCUGCUGCUGCCGCCGAAGAGGGCUCCAAAACGCCCAACGGACUGCAGCCAGUGGUGGAGAGUACGCCCAGCAGGGGCACAGGUGAAAAGCACAGGCAAAUGGAACAGCAGAAGACACCCGCUGGCUCACUGGGAUACAAUCACAGCGAAGGCUUCGCCAAGGUGGUCACAUCCACACCUCUGGAACCAAAGGCAGCCACUGCCAAGGAGAGUGCGAAAGCAAAGAAGGGAAAGGCCUUAAACUUCGACGCGAAGGAGGAGUACAGGCCAGUUGUCGAUCUGCCGGCUGAGCCCAAGAAGGAGGACGCCUCGAAGAGCGUUAACAACAGCAGCACGGCCACGGUGGCAGCCCCACCAGAGCCCACAAGGAGCAGCAAGGAUGCCGCCUCGUCCAAUGCAAAGCGUGCCGAGCUGCAGCCCCUGAAUCUGAAGAAGAGCUACGAGCCAGUGGCUCCUGCCCCCGCCCCAACGCUUAAUGAUUCUGUCCAAUCGCAAUCGAGUGCAGUGAGCGGUGGUGGGAUGAACAGCCUAAAGCCCGUGGAGAAGAUUGUGCUAAAGGAGAACACCCCGGGCCAGGAUCUGCUCGAGUGGUGCAAAGAAGUUACCAAAGACUAUCCAAAUGUUAAGGUUACAAACCUAACCACCAGCUGGCGCAACGGCAUGGCCUUCUGUGCCAUCAUUCAUCAUUUUGUUCCGGAUCUGAUCGACAUGUCCAAGCUGAGUGCCCACGACGUGGUUGGCAACUGUCGCAUUGCCUUCGAUGCGGCCGAGUCGCUGGGCAUACCCCGUGUCAUUGAGCCGCGAGACAUGAAUCUGCUAACAGUGCCGGAUAAGCUUGCUGUCAUGACAUAUCUGCACCAGUUGCGGGCGCACUUUACCGGCAAGCAGCUUCAAAUCGAACAAAUCGGCACAACCUCGGACGAGUCGAGCUACGUUAUUGGCAAUUACAAGUCGGACAAUUUGUCGCAGAACCUCAACUUUUCGCACCUAAAGACGCAGCUGCUGCAUCAGAACUCCUUCGACGAGGAAAUCUUUUCAUUGGACAAGGCCCAGCAAAUGUCGCCGCAGACCAAAAAGGAUGUGAAGAACCUUAUUCUGUACAACUCGAAGAAUAUCCUGGGCAAAGUGCUGUCCCCCACGAAGGACAAAAACUCGAUCAACGCAUUGCAGCAUACGAAUCAGUCGAAUCAGUCAUGCCUGACGUCACCGCCGACUCAGCCCCUGUUUGUGGAUGAAGGCGAGGAGAGUUCAAUGAACGCUGCGCAGGUGGGGGGCAAGGAAAACGCAGCUUUAUCCGUGCUGGAUGCACAUGCGGCAAAUGAGGAGCGUCAGCAGCGGUUGCGGGAGCAGGCACGUCGCCUGAUACUGGAGACCCGAACCAAAACUAUGGACAGUCCCACCAGCCCCACGAAGACCAAGCGCUUCAAUUUUUCGCCCGAGCGCACCAUUUCGCCCAUUCAGAACGGCUCCGAGGAGUUCUACUUCGAGAAUCUGAAGAAGUUGGACGAUUCGGAGCCAGGCAGUGGGGGAAACAAGAUCAGUCCUAGUCAUAGAUUAAGCAAUGCCCUCUCCGGGGGAGUCAACGUCAACGGCAGUCCACUGCAAUCGUUCAAUGCGAUUGUGGACCGCAUCUCACCAAAGCACGAGAAGAGGGGUGAAAAGCUAUCCUACAUCGAGUCCGAACUGGAGGCACUGGAGCGGGAGCAGGAGGCCAUCGACCAGAAGGCCAGCAGUCUGGAGGCUAAGCUACGCGCAGUGAUGGGCGGCAAUCCAAGUAAUAAUCGAACCAAUCGGAACGGCAAUCCGUUCCUUAGGCUAAUCCGAAAUAGUAUUGGUGGUGGUGACGUGAUUCGCAUUAAGCUGCUUGAUUCCGACGAUGAGAGCUUGUUCGGUAGUGGAGGAGCAUGCGGGAGGGCGGGUAUGGGUACCCCAGCGGGUACAACCAGCGAUGACGAUGAAACCUCCAGCGAUAGCGCCUGUAUCUCGGACGAUGAGGUGCUGACCCAGGGCCAGGCACUGAGACGGCCGCGGGCGCGACCCCGCUCCCAUUCGUGUUUUGUAAAUGUGAAUAAAGACCAUCAUCCAUCGACCAGCCCCACAACCCAUGAAUGCCAUCAAGAACAUCAACACUUGCGGCCGCGACCGCAUCAUGUGCAUCAUGUCGUGCCCUACAGUCAUCUGCUAAGCAGUUCCGCCUCGGGCAUGUCCUCCCAGCAGUCCUCCUAUGACAAUCUGCCAGUGUGCAGCGACGAUGAUGAUGCCCUGGCCAUGGCAGCCACAGGACAUGUGGCCUCCAUUCGGCGGCAGCAGGAUCGCCACAAGCGGCGCCACCAUCAACGGCGCUCCCGCCGAUCCCACUCUCGCACCCAUUGCGAAACCGAGGAAACGGAGGAGCAACUGUUAUCGCAGUGGUUCACGCUGGUUAACAAGAAGAACGCGCUCCUCAGGCGGCAAAUGCAAUUGAAUAUACUCGAGCAAGAGAAAGAUCUGGAGCGAAAGUUUACAAUGCUCAAUCAGGAACUGCGAGCGGCCCAAUCAGUGGAGGACUGGCGCAAGACGGAGGUGCAGCGCGAGAAGGAGCGACUGCUGCUCGAGGAGCUGGUUACAAUUGUGGAUAAGCGGGAUCAGUUGGUUCAACGUCUGCACAAUCAGGAGAUUGCCAUUGAAGACGAUCACGAGAUAGCCAGGGAACUGGAGCAAGUGGAUAUCAGCGGUGGGAAGGAAAAAUGUGUUCUACAAUAGAAAAUCGAAAUUUUACGAAAACUUGACUGGAGAUUAUACUUAUGAGUACCACACACACACACAACCACAACCCAAAACCCAAACCCCAAACAAACACACACAAUCUUAUCUAUGUAACUAGUUAGAUAUUAUCUAUGUAUGUUUGUUUGUUGUUCAGUGGCACACGAUGUGGCUCUGCUAUGUGGUUCGGCGCCGCGUUCUUACUUCUACUGAAGCGAACCACAAAUAUGGCAUGGACCCACACUUGGCCAUGGCAAAUGGCAAAUAUAUGGUUAUAAAAACAAAGAGUUCUGUGACACUACGAAAUCGCGUUUGUAUUUAAGCAAACAGUUCAAUAAUAAAAAUAAUGAUCAAAACGUCCGUUAGCAAACUAAGAAGUAUAACUCAAAAACACUGAACAGAAAGAAACAUCAAAUGCAAAAGAGCACUCCCAUUUGAAAUCACGAACAAAUAUCCCCUCCCCAUUGGAGAUUGUAAUUCUGUUUUCAAUUCCUUUGUUUGGUUGUUUGUGCCAUCUGACGAUCAUUCAUUCACCCCACCUCCCUGAACGCUUAAACGGAAGAAAACUGAGGAGAGGCAAUUUUACGAUAAUUUUUACUGUAGCAUUUAUCCCCCCAAUACAAGAAACGCUUCAUCCAAAAAUAUACAUAUACACCUACAUACACAUACAUACAUAUACAUAUAUAUAUUUAUAUUUAUUAUGAACUACUUUUGUGCAAAAGAAAGGGAACUAUGUAUCUUACCUACCAUUUAAUUUAGAUUUUUAUCCAUACGAUAUGAUACCAUAAUGUACCAUGAGUAUGCUCUAAGUUUAAGGCAAAGGCAAAGCGCUUUAAUAAUAAUUUAAAGGUGGCUUAUAUACUUAUAUUAUGUACUACCUUACGUUGCCCCCCCCCCCCCUGCCCCGACCCCUUCAAGCAAAUGUAUGUACAAUAUAAAGAACUGUUCAAAACCGAAGGAACCGAAAACCCCCUAGCUAAUAAAGAAUAGACAACGCGUCGAUGUCGUACGAAAUAAACCCAAAAAAACAUUUCUGAAUAAAUAUGCGUAUAUGCGUGUUGUUGUUUUUGUCAGUA